UCCGCCACCGCCGUCGCCGCUGUCGCCGCAAUCGCCGUGGGUGUUUGCGUUUCGGGCCGGGCAGCUUGGACCACCUCUGGGAUAUGUCCGCUUGAGGAUCUCCCGGCACCCCUCGGCCGUCCGGAGCCUCCGUCAGCCCUUCCUCCACCCCUGGCGCCAUGGGGUCUAUCCUGAGCCGCCGGAUCGCCGGGGUGGAGGACAUCGACAUCCAGGCGAACUCGGCCUAUCGGUACCCUCCCAAGUCCGGAAACUACUUUGCCACACACUUUUUCAUGGGAGGUGAGAAAUUCGACACGCCCCACCCUGAGGGUUACCUCUUUGGAGAAAACAUGGAUCUGAACUUCCUGGGCAACAGACCAGUGCAGUUUCCCUAUGUCACUCCUGCUCCCCACGAACCUGUGAAGACCCUGCGAAGCUUGGUGAAUAUUCGCAAAGACUCUCUACGACUUGUUAGGUACAAAGAUGAUACUGACAGCCCAACAGAAGAGAAUGAGAAGCCAAGGGUCACAUAUAGCCUGGAGUUUACUUUCGAUGCUGAUGCUCGAGUGGCUAUCACAAUAUAUUGCCAAGCAAUGGAGGAGUUCAUGAAUGGGAUGGCAGUAUACAGCACAAAGAAUCCUUCUUUGCAGUCCGAGACAGUCCAUUAUAAGAGAGGAGUGAGCCAGCAAUUCUCUCUUCCUUCUUUCAAGAUUGAUUUCUCAGAAUGGAAGGAUGAUGAGUUGAACUUUGAUCUGGACCGGGGCAUAUUCCCAGUAGUGAUCCAGGCUGUUGUAGAUGAAGGAGAUGUUGUGGAAGUGACUGGUCAUGCCCAUGUGCUAUUAGCUGCUUUUGAGAAGCAUGUUGAUGGCAGCUUCUCUGUGAAACCUUUAAAACAGAAACAGAUUGUGGAUCGAGUCAGCUACCUCCUUCAGGAAAUCUAUGGAAUUGAAAACAAAAACAACCAGGAAACCAAGCCCUCUGAUGAUGAGAACAGUGACAACAGCAAUGAAUGUGUAGUGUGCCUGUCUGACCUUCGAGACACUCUGAUCCUUCCCUGCCGACACCUUUGCCUUUGUAAUUCAUGUGCUGAUACCUUGCGAUAUCAAGCAAAUAACUGCCCCAUCUGCAGGCUGCCUUUCCGGGCCCUCCUACAGAUCCGGGCAGUGAGGAAAAAGCCAGGAGCGCUGUCCCCUGUCUCAUUCAGUCCUGUCUUAGCACAGAGCAUGGACCAUGAUGAACACUCUUGUCCCUUUAAAAAAUCAAAGUCGAACCCUGUCUCAUUGGCCAGCAAGAAACCUAAAAGGGAAACAAACUCUGACAACAUCCCACCUGGAUAUGAGCCCAUCUCCUUGCUGGAAGCUCUAAAUGGCCUUCGUUCCAUCUCUCCAGCGAUUCCUUCGGCUCCUCUUUAUGAAGAAAUUACUUAUUCAGGGGUUUCCGAUGGGCUCUCUCAAGCUGGUUGUCCUCUUGCUGGACUUGAUAGAGCCUUGGAGAGCAGCCUUCAAAAAAGCAAGCCAAACAAGUCUCCAGAUAGCACAUUACGCUCCCCAUCAUCUCCCAUCCACGAAGAAGAUGAAGAGAAAUUGUCUGAAGAUUCCGACUCGCCCCCCCCACUAAGUGGUGCUGAGCUAGUCCUCCGGGAGAGCGGCUCACCAGAGAGCUUCAUAACUGAGGAAGUUGAAGAGGUGCCAUCACUAAAGCAAGAGAACCAAGCUCCAUCCAUAGAAGAUGUCUUACAGGACAGCAGUACUGAGCACAGAAGCCUUAAUCAACCUGGGACUGACCCUCCAGCUGACAUAUACCUACCAGGAAGUUCAGCCUCAAUGGAGACUCCCCAAAGCCACAGUACGAAUGGUUCUACUCGGCCUCCGCUCGGUGAUCCCAACCCUGAAUAUCAGGAGGCUGAACUGACUUCUCUCUAAGAUCUCAGCCAGGGAGUGGUUUGGAGCCUUCAGCUCAUUAGGCCUUUGUGGACGGGCCUUUCGAUCUGGACACCAAAAUACACGCACAGACUCUCCUCUCUGCAUCCAUCCUCUUUGGGAAGACUGGGCUCGGAGAUGCCACACAGACUGACUGAAAGAGCACAGCUAACCUUACUCUGAUUACUUCCCUUUUUGUAUGUUAAAUUUAUUUGUAAAUGGUACAAGAUGAAGGACAGCAGUUUUUAUUGUGGAGCCAUCAGGGCUUUUUAUCCUGCAAUGCCCCAUUGGCUGGGGUAGCCAGGACUCAGGAGGUAUUUCCUUCCCAGAGAGCAGAAGUAACUGCUUCUAAGGCCAACCUGGAGUUGGUACCUGUUGCAUUUUUAAAGCCUGCCAUAUUUCCGAAACUUGGGGUUCUGGGCUAGUAGGCUCCCUAAGGUGGUGUUUUAUCUCCACACGAGGAUCUUAGGGAGUA